CUGGAGCGCUCCAGGCCCAGCAGGUCUCGCUCCAGCCUCUCGGGCCCCUCCCCUGUUGGCCAGGCCGCUGGAUGUGCUGGGCUUAACGCCCCUGGCCUGUCAACCGCGGUCGGGCUCCGCCCCGGGUGCUGUGCUGUCGGCAAGGAGACCGUUGGGGACCGGGCCAGCUCUGCUCCUGGGCCGGGCCAGUGCCAGGACACUGCCCCCAGGCUGUGUCCCCAGAGACUCCGAGGGCUAGGGCUCUGUGCUGACCACCUCCUGGUGGCUUCCAAGAGUGAGCAUGGUGCAGAAGUACCAGUCUCCUGUCCGUGUCUACAAGUACCCUUUUGAACUGGUCAUGGCGGCCUACGAGAAGCGCUUCCCCACCUGCCCGCAGAUCCCGGUCUUCCUGGGCAGCGAGGUCCUGGGCGAGUCCCGCAGCGCAGACGGGGCGGUGCACGUGGUGGAGCGAAGCUGCCGACUGCGCGUGGACGCCCCGCGGCUGCUGCGGAAGAUCGCAGGCGUGGAGCACGUGGUCUUCGUGCAGAGAAACGUCUUGAACUGGAGGGAGAGGACGCUCCUCAUCGAGGCGCACAACGAGACCUUCGCCAGCCGCGUGGUGGUGGAGGAGAACUGCAGCUACUGGGUCCACCCUGAGAACGAAGACUGGACUUGCUUCGAGCAGUCGGCCUCGCUGGACAUCCGGUCCUUCUUUGGCUUUGAGAACACCUUAGAGAAGAUUGCUAUGAAGCAGUACACUGCCAACGUCAAGAGGGGGAAGGAGGUGAUCGAGCACUACCUGAACGAGCUCAUCUCCCAAGGCACCUCUCACAUCCCGCGCUGGACGCCCGCCCCGGUCCGGGAGGAGGACGCCCGCAGCCAGCCCGGCCCCCCGCAGGCGUUGGGGACCCUCAGGGCCCCGGGCCCUGCCGCGGAGGCGGUGGGAACUGACGGGGACAAGCUGGAUGCAGACUACAUUGAGAGGUGCCUGGGCCAGCUGACGCCCAUGCAGGAGAGCUGCCUGAUCCAGCUUCGGCACUGGUUGCAGGAGACCCACCGAGGCAAGAUUCCCAAAGAUGAACACAUCCUCCGGUUCCUGCGGGCCCGAGACUUCCACCUGGACAAGGCCCGGGAGAUGCUGUGCCAGUCCUUGAGCUGGCGGAAGCAGCACCAGGUGGAUGUCCUCCUGCAGACCUGGCGGCCCCCAGCCCUGCUGGAGGAGUUCUACGCGGGAGGCUGGCACUACCAGGACAUAGAUGGACGCCCACUCUACAUCCUCCGCCUGGGCCAGAUGGACACCAAAGGCUUGAUGAAGGCGGUGGGGGAGGAGGCGCUGCUGCAGCACGUCCUUUCCGUCAAUGAGGAGGGACAGAAGAGGUGCGAAGGGAACACAAAGCAGUUUGGUCGUCCCAUCAGCUCCUGGACCUGCCUGCUGGACCUGGAGGGUCUCAACAUGCGGCACCUCUGGCGGCCGGGGGUGAAGGCCCUGCUGCGCAUGAUCGAGGUGGUCGAGGAUAACUACCCCGAGACCCUGGGCCGGCUGCUCAUCGUGCGAGCCCCCCGAGUCUUUCCCGUGCUCUGGACGCUGAUCAGCCCCUUCAUCAACGAGAACACCAGACAGAAGUUUCUCAUCUACAGCGGCAGCAACUACCAGGGCCCCGGGGGCCUGGUGGACUAUCUGGACAAAGAAGUGAUCCCCGACUUCCUGGGGGGAGAGAGCGUGUGCAAUGUCCCUGAAGGAGGAUUGGUCCCCAAGUCCCUCUAUCUGACUGAGGAGGAGCAGGAGCAGGCAGACCAGCUGCGGCAGUGGAGCGAGACCUACCACUCGGCCAGCGUGCUCCGCGGGGCCCCCCACGAGGUUGCGCUGGAGAUUCUGGAAGGGGAGUCGGUCAUUACCUGGGACUUCGACAUUCUGCGAGGGGACGUGGUCUUUAGCUUGUACCACACCAAGCAGGCACUCAAGCCAGGCCCCUGGGAGCCUGGGGCCAGGCCCAGCGGGCAGCUGAUGGACAAAGGCUGGGUCCUGGGCACGGAUUACAGCCGCGUGGAGGCUCCCCUGGUCUGCCGGGAAGGGGAGAGCAUCCAGGGCUCCCAUGUGACCAGGUGGCCCGGGGUCUACCUGCUCCAGUGGCAGAUGCACAGUGCCCCCAGCAGCGUGGCCUGCAGUCUCCCUGGUGUGGAUGACGUCCUGACGGCUCUGCACAGCCCCGGCCCCAAGUGCAGGCUGCUCUACUACUGUGAGGUGCUUGCGUCCCAGGACUUCAGGGGCUCCAUGUCCAGCCUGGAAUCCUGCACCAGCGGCUUCUCCCAACUCAGCGCUGCCACCUCCUCCUCCUCCUCCGGUCAGUCCCAGGGCAGCUCCCUGGUCUCCAGAUAGCUGGGCUGGGCCCUGCGGGGCAGCCCACUGGCCUCUGCCAUCUGGAAGUGUGCAGAAUGAGAAGCCAGCUUGCCGAGGCCUGGGACCAUGUGGGCUGGAGCCUCUGGUGUAGACGCUGCCAAAGUCGGGUGUCUGGACUGGAUGGCAAAGGACCCAGUCCUUGGCCUGCGAGCGGCCGUCAGGGCUCUUGUGGUUGCAAGGCCAGAACUUCCCUCUGGACACAAAAGGCCUUGUCAAUCUCACCACGUUGGGUCUCUCGGGACCUGGGACUCCGUGAUGUCACCAGGGCUCAGCCCCGUGCCACCACUUGCUUGCUUGCCCAGUGGGGUUCCUUCUCAAGAGGGCCAUCCCCGGGCAGGGGCUUGGUCACUGCUGGGCACCCUGCCCUUCUCCAGCUCCCGCAGAAGGGAACUUCUCCCACAAGUUCCACUCCGCCUCCCAGAACCGCCUCUAGCCAGCCUGCUGGGGACCCGCAUCCAUUGCUGAACCAAUGACCGUUGCUGGGGCUUGAGAACACUGCCCCAGGGUCAUGUGUCCAAUCUAGACCAAUCACUGUGACUCAGCGCGGGGUGCCGUGCACAGAUUGGCCAGCCUGGAUCACAUGCGCAUCUCUGGAGCCAAUCAUGUGGCCUGAAAAGGGCACACUGCCCCAGGGCGUAUUGCCCCGCCCACCCACAGAAGAAGGGGAAGAUGCAGGGCAGCCAGAGGCGCGAGUGGCACCUUAGCGUCUGAGGGUAGCAGUGCGCCGAGUCCCUGCAGGGCUCGGGGAGCAGUAUCCUGCUUUGCUUGGGGGCCUAACCCUGACUGCCACUGCUUUGAAGAGGGUGGGGAGGCCCAGGGCUUCUGCCAGGUUUCAGGCAGUGAUAGGGUGACAUGCUGCCUCCAUUCCCCUCUGGAGGCGCCUCUCUCUCCUGGGGAGCUAUUCGAUUAUGACCUUGCGUGAUUGUAACUCAGAGAAACCCACCUCCAAGUGGCUUAAACACAAAAGGGUGACCAUUCAUGGGUUCAUGUAACUGUCCAGGACAGGACUGACUUCAGGUGAGGCUGGAUCUGGGGUCUCAAUAAGGCAUCUGGACGCCCCUUGGCGGGGAGGCUGUUGUCUGCCCUGGGGAAGAUCUGACCAGGAACUAGCUCCAAUAUUGACAUUAGUUUCCCCAGUGACCGCAUUGGGUCUCAUCGGGACAUUUUUCCUUUCCUUUCCUGGGUCCCCCAAAGGCAGCAGGUCACAGGUCUCUGAGCGCCAGGCAAGCUCCAGCCCCACUCCCAGUGAGGGGAGAGCCUCAGACUCCUGGCUUGUCACCCUCAACCCAGCUAAAACUGGCUUACGCAGCAAAGGGAAUUCCCUGGGUCGUGUAUUUGGGGUGCUGGAUCCAGGAGUCCAGUUUCCUCAGGCCUCUCAACGGCACCCAGGCCUCCUGACCCUACAUCUCGUUGCACACUGGCCUCAUUCUUCCAUGGGGUGAGGAAGAGGGCUGCCGGAAGCUCCAAACCCGUUAACCACAGGCUGUCAGUCUCUGAGAGAAAGAGCCCGUCCCAUCUCAGAGCCCAGGGAAGAGUCCGCUUGGCCCUGUGAAGUCGUAUGUGCACGGGCCAGCAUGGGGUGUCCUGUGCUGGGGGGCCUGUGGCCGGCAUUGCCUCCAGGAGCCUCGGGGCUGGGUAGGGCCAUCCUUCCCUGGAUAAGGGGAGCUGGGCCGCUGCUCCAGCAGAUGUCCAUGGUGGUGUCCGCUAGGGACCCCGUGUGGAAGGCAACAGGCUGCUCGCGCCUUGGGGAGGCCUGUAAUUAAAACUAGCCCAAGGCAGGGACUGCCCAGCUUUUGGCUUUUAAAUUGCCCCAGACCCACAAGGGUUGGAUCUUGGCUUGGGUUUCUUUCUCCAUCUUGUUCCUCAGUCCCUGCAGUUGGGACAGAAACAACCUAUGGCCACAUGACCGUUAGACCAGGGCUCGAAGCUCAGCCUUCCUUUCAUAGCUGUGUAACCUCAAGCAGGUGACUUAACCUCUCUGUGCCUCAGUGUCCUCAUCUGUAAAAUGGGGACAGCAGUGCCUACCUCAUGGGGUUGUAGUGGGACAUAAGUGGUCGCAAAGUCCCCAGCACGGCGUCUGGAACACAGCACUUCAAUAAACGUGUG